CAUUUGUAUAUACGUACGAGGCUUUGAAUUUAGUCCGGCAUAUUUGUUUCUGUUACAAAUUGUAGCUUUCAAUAUCAACAUAGUCACACCCAAACUUUAAUGGCAGCUGCAACGACAAAGCUGGGGAGAGCUCUGCAACAAAGACGCACCUUCGUGAAUGCUAGAGUCAAAUGGGUAAGUGACCAUCACCUCGACGAAGCUGUUCAGCGCGAGAAAAACCUCAAACAAGUUCUCUCUCUCAAGGAUCGAAUCGUAUCAUCUCCUCCCAAAUCACUCCCUCUCUCAUCCCUCUCACUCCUCAAGCCUCUCGUCAAUCUCCACAUAACCGCCGCCGCGUUUAUCCAGAAAUACCCAUCUGUCUUCACCACUCAUCAGCCUUCUCCUUCUCAUCCUCUCCACGUUCGCCUCACUCCCCAAGCUCUAGCCCUCCACAAGGAAGAAGAAGAGACGAUUCAUCUCUCCCCGCCUCACCGCAACGCCACCGUCCAACGCCUGACCAAAUUCUUGAUGCUAACGGGAGCCGGAAGUCUUCCUCUCAAUGUCAUCGAUCGUUUCAGGUUCGAUUUGGGUCUCCCUCACGAUUACAUCACUUCGCUGGUCAGCGAUUACCCGGAUUUUUUUGAAGUAACGGAGAUCAAAGAUCGGUUAACGGGUGAACCGACGCUUGCUUUGGCGGUCUCUUCGCGGCGGAGCAGCCUCGCUGUGUCGGAAAUGGAGAGAAGAGAAGCCAUCGUUGAUGGGUCUCGUGUGAAAAAGGGGUUGCGCAUAAGGUAUUCGAUGAAUUUCCCCAAAGGGUACGAGUUGGAUAAACGAGUGAAGGAAUGGGUUGAGCAGUGGCAGAACCUUCCUUACAUCUCACCUUAUGAAAAUGCAUUUCACUUGGGGUCGUUCAGUGAUCAGGCUGAGAAGUGGGCGGUCGCUGUACUUCAUGAGCUUUUGCACCUCUUGGUAUCGAAGAAGACUGAGACAGAGAACGUGCUUUGUUUAGGUGAGUAUUUAGGGUUUGGGAUAAGGUUUAAGCAGGCUUUAGUACACCACCCGGGUAUAUUUUAUAUGUCACAUAAGAUUCGGACACAAACUGUUGUCCUAAGGGAAGGUUACGACAAAGUUUUCUUGAUAGAGAGGCAUCCAUUGAUGGGGAUGAGACAUAGGUAUUUGUAUCUUAUGAGCAAAUCAGGGAGAGUGAAGAAACGACACUAUGUGCCUGGAACUGAGAGAAGCAACCAGAAAAAGAGAGCAAUCAAAGAAUGUGAAGAUGGUGAAAGUUAUGCACAUAGCAGUCGGUGAUCACACAGGAUAGUCAUAUUGCCGGAAUUCAUAAUGGAAAUGAUUUGAGUUUCUAUGACUGGGUCAAGUAAGGAAAGCUGAAUUGACUGUAGAAGCACAUCUUCAGAGUUUGUGUGAAGGUCCUGAAUUAGCUUCUUGCAGACUCAGUUGGGCAAUUGGAGUAAACAUAACUCAGAGGUUUUGCUGUGAAAACCAGAAGUUUCUUGCAUAUUAACUAUAGUUUCUUGUAAAACGGAUGCAGAGAACGCAGUUUAUAAACCUGCACAGGGGUUUCUUGUGUACUUUGGGAAGACACGACGCUUGUAUGUCUCUAAUAAGCAUGGCAAGAGAUGAAAGUCAGAGACGUAAACAACAUGACAGUUGGAGGACGCUACAGGCUCAGCCAUAGGGAACGUUCGUGGAAGAGAGAUUACUGGAGAAGACGCAGAGGAUAAGGGUUUUAGAUGAGGGAUGGGGUUUAUGGAUGAAACAAGCUGAGUAGGAAGAGAAGACUGGGGGAAAAGGAAGUGAGUUUGCUCGGAAAAGAGACAGCUUUGAUACCAUUUUCUGAUUCACACAGCUUCCUGGAGGAUUUGGGUUUAAAAGUAUUGGGACAGUGAAGGUCAUUUCCCGCGUUUGUGCAUCAACGGUUUUAGGGAGACGAAGAAGAGUCAAGAAGAAGAAGAAGAUAUCACACUGCUGCUUUCAUUUUUAUCCUAAAACUAUAAACGUCCUUGUUUCAAUAGCCAAGCGUCAAACUAACAAUAACAAAACGAUGUCGUUAAUGGGGGAUUUAAAUGAAGUACAUUCAAACAAAGUUACCAAAA